AUAGCCAAAGAACAAACCAAAGCUGUACAGCAGAAAUUCCUAGUCGAAAGAGAUUAUUUUGUCGUCAAGCUGGAGGAACUAACGACAUUCGAUACCGUCGAUACCGACCUUGACAAUGUCAGUGCGAAGGUGGAGGAGUGCCUGGCGCGGAACGAGCACGUGUCGCUGGUGGAGUCGUGCCCGGCGUACUACGACGGGCUGCUGUGCUGGGACCCCACGCCGUGGAACACGCUGGCCAUCCAGCGCUGCUUCAGCGAGUUCCACGGCGUGCAGUACGACGACACACAGAACGCCUCCCGAUGGUGCCUGGACGGCGUGUGGCGCAACUACUCGAACUACGCGAACUGCACGGAACGCAUCGCCAACGUGUCGCCCACUGACGUCACCAGCCUUAUCUACCUCGCCGGCUACUCCCUCAGCCUCGCAGCGCUCUCGCUCGCUGUGUUCGUCUUCCUUUAUUUCAAGGACCUGCGAUGUCUAAGGAACACGAUACACACAAAUCUCAUGUCAACCUACAUACUGUCUGCGUGUAGUUGGGUCCUAAACUUAGCUUUACAAAAUUGGUCUGACGAGGCCCAGCAAGACCAGACCUCAUGUAUGAUACUGGUCAUAUGUAUGCAUUAUUUUUACCUCACAAACUUCUUUUGGAUGUUAGUAGAAGGUCUGUACCUGUAUAUGUUGGUAGUGGAAACUUUCACAGCUGAGAAUAUAAAACUGAAAGUGUACACAACCAUCGGCUGGGGUGCGCCGGCCGUUUUUCUAAUAAUAUGGGUGAUAUCACGGUGUUUCGUCACCAUAGUCACGUCCACUGGACCAGACGGGCUAUCUAUUACGGGUGAAACGAAGAUGUGCACGUGGAUGCAUGAACAUCAAGUGGACUGGAUACACAAGGCGCCUGCGCUCGCCGGACUGGCUCUCAACCUCUUCUUCCUUAUUAGGAUUAUGUGGGUUUUGAUCACGAAGCUCCGUUCAGCGAACACAUUGGAGACCGAACAGUAUCGGAAGGCGACGAAAGCACUUCUAGUCCUUAUCCCACUGCUGGGCAUCACGAACCUGCUCGUGCUGUGCGGGCCCAGCGAUGACUCCUGGUUCGCACACGCCUUCGACUACACAAGGGCACUCAUGUUAUCCACACAGGGGUUCACGGUGGCCUUGUUCUACUGCUUCAUGAACACGGAGGUCCGUCACGCCAUCAGGUACCAUGUGGAGAGGUGGAAGACGGGGAGGACUAUAGGAGGGGGGAGGAGAAGAGGGGCCUCGUACUCCAAAGACUGGUCCCCUCGAUCGAGAACUGAGAGCAUAAGGUUGUACAGCCACCCAUCUAAGCGGGAGUCAGCUGCCUCUGAGACCACUACCACCACCCUGCUUGUGCCCCGAACAUCGCUAUUGCCUCCUCACGAUGGCAGGCACCUGCAUGCUGAUUACAUAACGAGUGGCAGCGCGAGCGGCGAGCAGUCCCCGGUGUGAGGCGGGGGGCGGGGGAGGCUGCCGCGCCUGCGCACCCUGCCCGAGGAGGACGCUCCCCCCGCAGCGUCCCUCCCCGCCUCUCCCGCCUCUUCAUCACCACUCUGCCCCACUAACACCACUCAAGCACAAGCGACAUCACCAUCUAUCUCUAUCCUACCCAACCACCACGAUACGAUGCACGCUUCUAAUGAAAAGUCAAAUGGACGAAAUGGACCCCUUUCUCUGACUCGGUCUAAUGCUACGUCACCGAACUCUUCUCAUUCAAGCCCCAAUACCAAAUAUUUUGAAUAUUAACGCAUUUAAUGUUCCUUAAAUUAUUGUAAAUUAUUAUUAUCGUAAGUUUAGGUAUUACGUGACGCAUGUACGGACUUGUACCAUCAGUAAUAGCGUAUUAAAUACAUAUAUUAGCAUUAUGAUAAACUAAAUUAAUAUAGAAUAUAAAUCACUAAUAAUUAUAUCGACGUCAUGUAUUUUUAAAUGCAUAAAAUUAGAUGAUACUGCCGCAUUAUUUCUUUAGUGAUUUAGAGAUUUUCAAAUUUUUAUAUAUAUUCAUCUAUGUAUUACUAUGCGAUUUUAUAACGAGUCAAAAAUAACUUUUUGUACGUAACUUACUCGAGUAAGUCAGUCUUUGAAUGUUGCCAAAGCUAAAACAGCUUCUAGAUUAAUUUAAUAUUAUAAAAUAGAAAGUAAUUAAUGUUUAGUAUUAAGGAUGAAAAAAUUGGGAAACAAUGCGCUAUUUGUAUCAUAAAUUUUAUAGCAUAUCGUAAAUUUUACAUACAAUGACGUUAUUUUCUAUGUAGAUGAUACCUUUCAUAUUGUGACAUAAUAAUAUUAUUAUACGAAACUUAUGAGUGAGUAGAUUACACGUGCAAAGUCUGUGUGGAAAGGGGACGGCGAUAGAAAAGCAACAUUUUAAUCACCAUAUUUAAUAUACCUUGUUGAUGUACAUAAUUAGUAUUUUCAGCAUUAUUUUUGGAUUCAAACUAAGGUAGAACAAAAUACAAUUAAGACUUACUAUGUCACAGAACAAAAUGAUAAUUAAAUCUGAAAGCCUUAAGAGAUAAGUUUCCAAAAGUCUUAUGUCUAUGACUUCCUUCCAGCGUCUAAAAUAAUUAUGAAAUAAAUAACAGCUAAAUAAACAUUGUGAAAGACUAAA